AUGGAAGCCCACAAUCAACCCUUGCAAACGGCGGAGGAGCCCGACAACGUGGCUCUGGUGCAGUUCGUUUCAGUGCGCGACGACACGCGAUUUCACGAAUCCGACGAGGCUGAAGACCGGUUUAUCGUCGACGAUUUCUGCGCGGGCCUGCUUCUCCGGGUCGAAGUCACUGAUGUGGUGCCGGGGACUCUGACGCCGGGAGGGGACCCCGCCACGCUGGUGUUGUUGAAGAGCUCGUUCCUGGGCUUCACCAGCCAGCGGCGCUUUCGCGAAGUCGAGCUGAUCAUCAACUUCUUCGACGCUCAAAGCAGCCCCUAUCACGACCCGGAAGUGGUCGACCUCUGGCCCGAUGGCGAAUACACAUACCGAUCGUCCGAAAGACAAGUGGAAAACACCAUAAACGCGUCGGCCAUGGCAGGAGGGAGCUUUGCUGGCGCCAGCACCAGCGUCGGCAUGCUGUGGGAGCGCACGACGAGCACGACGCAGGAAGAUGCGGCGCUCAUGACGGGGGCGACGUGGAGAGGGCCAAGAUCUGGAAGACGAAACGGGGUGAGGCUCUUCCUGAGCGAGAAUGCCAGUCAGCCGACGGGGAUUGUCACUGAAGUCCACUCGUCGGUCCUUUUGCGGCAGAAAAAGCAAGACCGGCAAUUGACCGCCGAGGUCAAAGUCACCGCCCAGGGCGGUCAGCGAUUUAGGGCUGAGUGGCUCUACCGCCGACUGAGCGGGACGAGGACCAUCAGCGCUCCCGCCUUCACUCCUCGCAAAACAUCCAAAUCGGCCAAAGUCAACAACAACUUUCUGGACAACGAAGAUCUGACGGCACUCAGCGGGAUUCCGCCAAAGCAAACAAUUGCAGAUGUCUAG